CUCGAGCUUGCGAGCUUUCUAGCAGCAGCCAGUCGCCGGCUGCCGGGCCACGACCUCGCAUCAACCCGGUUGUUCGUUCACUCGGUUGGAUGCUGCGCGAGAGAGUUUCCACGGACCACGUUUUCGCAGAUCUUCGAGAUUGCGUUCGAGCUUUCGAUAGACUAUUCUACCGCUGUCUCCUCUUCGCGCCACGAGCACAUCACAAAGAGGGGCUAGAAGUUUUGUUAGAACUGUAUAAAAAUUCUUAACGUUGCGCAAGUUUUUCCAUGAUUGUUUUACAUUAUAUCCUCCGUAAAUUUGUUUAAUUAAUUCAUACUUGACUUAUCUGUCAACUUAACUUUAGCAAUUAUUUCGUACAAUUUUCGAGAUAUCAAGUAAAAAUUGAAUGGACACUCACAGAGAUUAGAUGCAAACUCUAUACGUGAAAUUCAGACGUAUAAGAAGAACCCGUAUCAAGGAUUGCGGUAUCGAAGAUUGAAGGUCGGGGUCGGAUGUGAGAAUUGUCUCGUGCAAAAACAAGUGACGCCCAUCGGUUGUUUUUCCGAGUAACAGCGGAGUAUGGCGGAUGGGUGACAGACGCGAAUCCACUGCAGGCUGAAGGUGUUUUUCAGCGUCGGUGGGACCAUGUGAGGCUUCAACCAUGAGGAGUGGCGGUCAGAAUGGUGUAUGGACAGUAAGCGUGAUUAUACUGUCGAUUGGCACUUGGGUGGGCAGAGUCGGGCCACGUCCAGCGGAUGGGGAGCUCGCACUCCUGACAUCGCCACGUGAGCGAUUGGAGACCGUUCGGCAGGUUCUUUCCGAGGUGCCUUUGAUCGACGGCCACAAUGACUUACCAUGGAACAUCCGCAAUUUCCUGCACAAUCAACUGGCAGACUUCGAGUUCGACAAGGACUUGCGUCAAAUCGCGCCUUGGAGCAAAAGUGCUUGGAGUCAAACCGAUCUGGUCAGACUGCGACAAGGCAUGGUGGGCGGUCAGUUUUGGGCCGCCUACGUGCCAUGCGAGUCUCAACAUCUUAACGCAGUCCAGUUGACUCUAGAGCAAAUAGAUCUCAUUAAAAGACUCAUAGAAAAAUAUUCUCAGCAGAUGCAAUUUGCUGCAUCAUCGAGAGAGAUUUUGGAGGCUCACGGGCGAGGUAGAAUAGCCUCCCUGAUUGGAGUGGAGGGUGGGCAUAGUCUAGGAAGUAGUUUAGCCGUUUUAAGAACGCUCUACCAGUUGGGUGUACGAUAUCUCACACUGACACAUACUUGCAACACACCGUGGGCGAAAAGUUCGUCGGUAGAAGACGACGACGAAGAUGGCGGGGGCCUAACGACAUUCGGUAAAGCGGUAGUUCAAGAAAUGAAUAGGCUUGGAAUGCUGAUAGACCUCAGCCACACUGCGAGGGCGACCAUGAGGGAUGCUCUGAGGGCCAGUAGAGCGCCGCUCAUUUUUUCACACUCCUCAGCGUUCGCCAUUUGUAAUUCUUCUAGAAAUGCUGAUAACGGCGGGCUGGUGAUGGUCACGUUUUACAAUUAUUUCGUGAAAUGCGGACCUCAAGCCAGUGUCUCGGACGUGGCCGAGCACAUAUACUACAUUAGAAACCUGAUCGGCGUGGACCAUAUCGGAGUCGGCGGGGAUUUCGACGGCAUCAACAAAACUCCUCGCGGUCUUGAAGACGUCUCGAGGUAUCCCGAACUAUUCGCCGAACUUCUCCGUAGCGGCAAAUGGAACGUGCUCGACCUAAAGAAAGUCGCCGGCUUGAAUUUACUGCGAGUUCUCACACAGGUAGAACGUGUGAGGGAUGACAUGAGGACAGCUGGAAUUACGCCGUCCGAGGAAUAUCUUUCAGAUUCGCCGGAUGCGAUUGGUAAUUGCGCUCUGGAUAUUAAUUCCGUGCAAAGGGUCAUGGAAGUCUGAUCGAUCGAUUAUUCAACGACAUGCGAAUUAAUCUUACGUGUCCACGGUCGUUGCGCGUAAAUUGGUAUGGUCAAGUCCAACCACAACCGAGCACGACAGCGCCGUCUCAAAGCGAAAAUUCAAUUAUCUCGAUUACAUUGCGACCUGUAUGCUCACAAAAGUUCUCGUACGCGGAUGCUCAAUUAAACAUCGUCGACAUUUGCAAAGGCUCAAAAUAAACCUACCUCGAUACCUGUCUUACGAAGGCGACGAGCAACGUGUAUCGAUUAUGUUUUAUUUAAAAGAAAUACCGCACUCUCAUGCGAGCGAUAUAAUAAGAUAUAGUCAGAGAGAUUACACUAUCAGUAAAUAAUUCUAAUUAUUAGCAAGGGUUUAGUAUAAACUUUCGUAGUCUUUUGUGUCUAAAAUCAAACGUAGAUUUAAUAAUCCAAUAGUGAUUAUUAUUUAACUGGAUAUAAUUCUUUUCCAAUGCGAUACUGUGAGCUUAAAUCAUGCCUUUUUUAUUAGCGGCUACAGCUAUAAAAAUUGCAAUGUAGAUCAUUGUGAAAUAAUCUGCUCGUCGCCGUAAAUUACCCGUAACACACAGACUGUCUUUUCUACGAUUCAGUACCAGUACCGGUAUGAAUCGUUAACAUGCUGAUCAUUUUACUUUAAGAUCUUUACUAUUCUGCUAUGAACAUUUUCACGAUCAUGUAAAUAUCUGACAAUGAACGAUAUGCGGAAGGCCAUCCCAUAUUUGCGUAAAGAGAAAGCGUCAUCACGACUGAACUUUCUGAACUUUGAUGUCUUCCUCUCUUGGAAACGAUCGUAAUAUGUGUGUGAAACUAUGAACUCUGGCUGUAUACCUUUCAACGUCUUCCUUCCCCUCGUUGCACCAACAAAAACACGUACUUUAUAAGGUGCUUAUAAAAGGAGUGUUUAUAGGAGUCGACGUCGUGUUUCUACGAGCAGCUUAUAAAAAUUAACAGAAUUCUCCGAAUCUCUCUUGCAUAUGUAUUUAAUUACAGUAGCUUAAUUUUAAAAUCUAUUUCUAUUUAACAAAUCACACUAUAUUAUGUUAAAGAUUUUAUUUAUAUUUAUAUAUUUCUAUACAAAAUAUAAAUAUUUUCUAUAUAACACAAUUUUAGAACCUAUUUUUGUUUAACAAAUCACAUAUUAUUUAAGAAAAUUUAUUUUUACAUAAAACUCUAAUUGUGAUGUCAUUAUCUUUAAAAUAUCUAAAAUAUCUUGUCGCACAUAUUUUUUAAUGUUUACAGGAUUGUAUUUUUAUAAAUUUUAAUUUUUGAAUCAGUUAAAUGACUACAAUUUAGAAUUAAUAUAUAAAAAUUGCUGUCUAGCAUUUGAAUAUUCAACCUUUUCUUGCAAUUGUUUUAUUAUUUUGAAGUAUAAUUUAUUAUAAAAUUAUGAAUGUAAUUUAGGACAUCAGCAUACCAACAUUAUCGUCUCAACAAUUCUCCGAAAAUCAUGAAGAUAUUAAGAACGCAAUAUUUGUAAAUGAUUGAAAUCGCCGAUGAAUGAAUUAUCUAUUUCCGUAUCUGUUAGUAUUAAACUCAAACUUGCACAUAUCAAAGUCUCAACUAUUCGUAUUUUGUACAGCGAGAGUUAUUCUAGUUUUUCACAAAUUUCGCUUCGUACAAUAACGCUCGGAGUGAUAUUCAUUAAAUCAUCAAGAGACACGUAGAAUCCGAUAUAUAUAUAUAUUGCUCGCAGUGACAGGUGUCGACGAGUACAUAAUUGAUACGAACGUACGUGUUUUUCGACGGAUUAUAUCGAAUGUUGUGAUCCACCGUUGAAGCGCCGCUCGGUAGUCUUCUUGAUCAAAGCAUCAUCUAAAGUCUUUGACGGGACGUUUGAGAUUGCCUGAAACGAUUGGCGAAUGACGGACAAAGUUGUUUCUUCGUCAAUUUGUUCCUGGUAAUCUUCACAUAUCGCCGUCCACCUAUCUGUGUCUUGUGUGCACUUAUUAUAUAAUUCGCGCAGGACGAACCCUCGAUUGGAAUCGUGUGUGAGGAAUCGAGUCGGAGACUCGAUACAAGGAAUUAAUCAACUUGCGCGGAUUAUACCUCACUCCGCCAUUGGAGGUAGGCGAUAAAUUCUAGGAUAUCAAAAGUUCCGUUGUAUCUCUCGAAUGAAUUCUAUAUGAAUAAAUGUUUCUAUU